CCGGCGGCAGCGGCAGCGCCUGCCUCCCAGCCAGUCUCCUUUCCUUGGGGCCAGUUUAUUCCCGAGGCGAGCCGUGCAUGCUGCCCUCGGCGUCCCGCCGUGUGGCGAAGAGCGCGGCGCUCGGAGGAUGCAGCCUCCCGCCGCUCCGGUUUCCAUGACUGACCCUUUGGCCGUGCUGGACCCCACAGGAAUCUUAAAACAAGAGGAAGCACCCAUUCCAAUGAAGGAAGGCAAUUAAUUGGACUCGUCCCUCUGAUUGCAACCGACAUGUGGCACUUUGCAAAAAGGAAGAAAACUUCUCUAUGGUUCACAAUCGCCCUCUUGAUAGUGUCUGUUUUCAUACUGACCAUAGGCCUUGCAGCUACCACCAGAACAGAAAAUGUAACUGUGGGCGGUUAUUAUCCAGGAAUAAUCCUUGGUUUUGGGUCCUUCCUAGGGAUUAUCGGUAUCCAUCUUGUAGAGAACCGGAAGCAAAUGUUGAUAGCAUCCAUUGUGUUCAUCAGCUUUGGAGUAGUAGCAGCUUUCUGUUGUGCAAUCGUUGAUGGUGUGUUUGCAGCACGACAUAUAGAACCCAGGCCUUUAUAUAAUAAACGGUGCCAGUAUUAUUCAAGUGGAGUUGGAUUCUUAUAUGAUGUUUACCAGACCGAGGUGACAUGUUACACCUUAAACAGCAAGUGUCAGCUGAAAGUGAAGAGUAACACAUGCUACUGCUGCGAUUUGUACAAUUGUGAAAACUCAGAACACUCUACCAGCUAUUACGAGUUCCUUGGCGUGAACAGCUGUCAGGAUGUGGUCCACUUGUACCGGCUGCUCUGGUCCUCCACUGUCUUGAACAUCAUCGGGUUGUUUCUUGGCAUAGUCACAGCAGCCAUACUUGGGGCAUUUAAAGAUGUGGUGCCUCUCUCACAAAUUGCCUUCAGCUCUGGCCCUCCACCACAGAUUCUUUACAAUCCAGCUCAGCAGAUUCUGACGUAUGCUGGGUUUUGCCCUUCUGCAGCAACUGUUCCUCAUUAUGCUUCCUACCAUUUACCCCUUCAGCCUACCAACAAUUUCCCAACAGCAUCAUCUACCGAUAUUUCUUUAACCGACGACACUCAGCCACCAUCUCAGUCCAGCUCUAACUAUGGCUUGCCUCCCAAUGCUCCUCCAUUAUAUACACCAUAUUUCCUGUCAGGUGAAAAGCCUCCACCUGGCAUCUAUUGACCAGUCUCUAUUGGAGGACAAGAAUGAGAUGUGAUGUCAUUGGACUUGUAGACAGCUUCAUCUAGAUCCACAGCUUGCUUGUUAACUUUGACUGUCAUGCAGCCACGGUAGAAAGCGGUGACUGGAGUUGAAGUGACAGGAACAUCUGUAUGUUUUGUUUUGUUUUGUUUUAAAGAAAAGAGAAGGAAAACAUAUUCAAUAAAGGUUACCACCAAGUU